GUGUACUUUUUAAGAAACCAAGAUGACAUCCAACACAACAGACAACGAUACGCUCCUCCCAAUGGACGACGACAUGUGUCCGGCAGCAAAACAGGGAUCUUCAGCAGAACAAGUCAUCAAAACAAUCGCCUGUAUCUUGGUGUUACUGGUUGCAGUUGUUACCAACUGUUUCGUUAUCUUCAUCGUCAGGAAGAAACAACGAAUCAGAAGUGUCACUAACUGCCUAGUUGCAAACAUGGCAUGUUCUGAUCUUUUGAUUGGUUCUGUGAACAUGCCUAAUAUGAUUAGUGAAGUUGUCACAUCUUCCGAAGCUCUACCCUUUGAACAACCACUUGCAAAUCUGGUGUGUAAGCUUCUAGUUUUUAGCCAAGAUAUCUCGACGUUCUGUUCAAUAAUGUGCUUGAUUGUAAUCGCUAUUGAGAGAUAUUGCGCAAUUUUUUACCCGUUCAAAAAGUACCUUACUCUAAAGAACGUAAAGUACGUCAUACUGGUCUGUUGGGUCGUCGCUGGAAUCGUUGCGUCACCAUUACUUUAUGCUAACAAGAUUGUUGAAGACCAUGGUCUCUUCUACUGUUCCGAGCAAUGGAGCCCUGCAUUUGGCUCCAGCGAUAUUGCCGCAUCAAGAGGAUACACUACUGCAACCUUCGUCCUUUUAUACGCUAUUCCUUUGGCCUUGAUUUGCUUUCUUUACGCCGCCGUGGUGUAUCGCCUCUGGAAUCAAACCAUCCCGGGUGAUCACAGAACACCUGAGCGUCGCCAACAAAGAGCCAAACUCAAGAAGCGUGUUCUUAAGAUGUUAAUAGCGAUCGUACUGGCUUUUGCGCUCUGUUGGCUUCCAUACCAUCUGUUCUUCUUCCUUGACAAUUUCCAUCCACCCUAUGAAGCCUGCGGGGCACCGGCUGAAUUAUAUUUUGCGGCUAAAUUCUUGGCAUACUCCAACAGUGCCAUAAGUCCUUGUAUUUUUGUUUUCUUUGAUAUUGGUGUUAGAAGGUACCUGACMGCGUCAAUCAGCCCUUGUAUACAGACCAUUACAAAUCAUUCCAACCAAAACAUACGUCACAGGACUUCUGCUUACUACUCCAGUCGUUCUGAGCCACCAGUCAGCUUUGCUAAUGGGGUAAAACUGAAGGAAUUUAAAGUUUAUGACUUGGAAGUAAAAAAUCAGCCGAUGGCAAACGAGAAUGGUAAUGACGUAAAGCAAGAGAUGAAUGGGUUGGUUAUUAUAGACGACACGCCGGAUCUUAUUGCUGGGCAUCGAAAUAAAAGCUUUACGAACGAAAUCUUUGUUAAAGAUGAACAUAUUACACGAAGAACAGUAUCAUUUGCAGAACUGCAGCACUAAA